AUGUUUCACACAAACUCCUCGCUCUUCGAUUUUUUCCCAGCCGACCUGGUCGAUGAAGUCAACAGAGCAAACGAUGAAGCUGCGCAAGCUGCACAAGAACGUGAAGACUUCGAUGCACAAGAACUUGAAGACUUUGAUGAACAACCAGCCCAGCCCUUCGUCUAUGUCGUUGCUCAUGAAAAAGUGAUGCGCUCUGAAGGUUCGGACUUCAUUAUCGAGGGAGUCUUCCAUACUCUAUCAUCAGCCAACUACAAGGCCAUGGAACUAUUCACCCAAUAUUAUCAACAAUAUGAGCCAGCCUGCUUCUAUGCCAAGGCUACCUGGCAGGUCAUUGGAGAGAACUCUGUGGGCUGGUAUGUGUCGAUAAAUGGGACGUUAUCGUUGGAGAUUCAUGACCAUAGGGGAGACGUUUGCCGCAUCUUUGCGGAAAGACACGAUGUUGAAUGA